AUGAAGAAAGAAGCCGAUUGGAAGGGCUUUGUCUCUGCAGCUUCGAAGAUGGUUGACGAGUACAACAAGAACAGCCAGGCGAAAAAGAAGAAGCCGAAUACAACCAACAUCUUCACUAUUCAAGAGAACAUCACCAAAAAGACUAUUUUGGUUGCCGAUUUUGGUACCUCUGAUGCUGCGCAAAUUAGUGCAUUGAAUUGGCCAAAAUAUUCAGAGGGUGGCCAGGUUGAUCGGGAGUCUUCAGGUUUGCCCGAAAACUGUUUUGUGACCACAGGGCCUAAAUGA